GGUUUUCUAAUAUUAAACUAAAAAUUAGAGAUGGCUAACAAAAUCUGAAUAUUAAGCAAUUCUUGCUUUUAUGUAUCAGCUGGCUACAUUCCCUUGUCUAGAAGAACUGGAAUUGGAUAAGAAUGAUAUUAUGAAGGAGAUAUGGCAUGGACAAUAUCCAGGGGAUUAUUUUCCCACACUAAAAGUUCUUAAACUCACCCAAUUACCUGAGCAAUCAGUUGUCCACCCUUUCCUCCUUCAGUCACCGAAUCUUGAAAAGCUUGUUGUGAGUAAAGCUUCCUUUCAUGAACUAUUCCAGUGUCAAGGACUUGGUGAUAAGGAAAAACCUGCACUUGCAUUUACUGAGUCAAGUGAAUUAAGGUUAUCUGAACUUUUGGAAUCAGUUUUCUAUAACCUGAAAACUCUAGAAGUGCUACAGUGUAGCAGGUUAAAGAAUUUAGUGCCAUCCUUUGUAUCUUUGAAGAAUUUGACAACUUUGGAAGUAUCUGCAUGUCCUGAACUCAUAAAUUUAAUUGAGUACUCAACAGCGAAGAGCAUGGUGCAGCUCACAAAAAUGAGUAUAAGUGAAUGUCAAAUGCUAAAAGAAAUUGUGGCGUGUGUGGAUGAAGAAGUUAAGGAUGGCAUUGUCUUCAUCCAACUCAAGUGUUUGCUACUUCGUGGUCUACCAAGACUAGCGAGCUUUUGCUCAGGGAAUUGUGGCUUUGAAUUUGCAUCUUUGGAAGAAGUAAUUGUGAUGGGUUGCCCAAAUAUGCGGAUCUUCUCUCAAGGGGAAUGCAGUACCACUAAUAAACUGCAAAAAGUGAAAUUGACUGUGGAUGAAGAUGAAGGGUUCUGGGAAGGCAACCUUAACUCCACCAUAAAAAAGAUGUUCGCAGAAAAGCCCUUUGUUUGGUAAAAUGUAAAUUUAUGUACUACUUUGAGCCCUUUGUUUGGUAAAAUGUAAAUUUUGCCAACAAUAAGUAUAUGAAGUAGCACCGAUAAUAAAGGCUGCUACCAAAUCAAGUUUUGUGCAAAAGAAUAAACUGAAAGAAAAUAAAUUGCAACACCUUGU